AUGAAGGCACUUAGUGACCAGGACUCAAGGAGUUUAUUCUUCAAAAGAAUUUUUGGUUCAGAGGAUGGUUGCCCUCCGUAUUUGAAGGAAGGAAGUAUCUGCUCAAAUUUUGAAAAAAAAUGUGGUGGUUUACCACUUGCAAUCAUCACAACAUCUAGCCUAAUAGCCAGUCAGCCAAGCAAACUAAAGGAGAACUGGGAACAUGUAAGGGACAGGCUGGGCUCCAACUUUGAAAUGAGCCCAAGCUUGGAAGGCAUGAGACAGAUUCUGAAUCUCAGCUAUAUAAAUCUUCCUCAUUAUUUGAAGACUUGCAUGCUAUAUUUAGGUAUUUAUCCGGAGGACUACACAAUUGAAAAGAAUGAUUUGACAAGGCGAUGGAUAGCUGAAGGUUUUAUAUGUAAUGUUCGUGGGAUGGAUGUUGAGGAUAUUGCAAAGAGCUAUUUUAAUGAGCUUAUUAAUAGGAGUUUGAUUCAGCCUGCAGAUACAAACUGCAAUGGUGAGGUGAUGUCUUGCAAGGUACAUGAUAUGAUGCUUGAUCUUAUCCUCCAUAAAUCCCAAGAAGAGAAUUUUGUCACUGUAAUAGAUGAUAUACAAGACAUGACAGGACAACAAGACAAGAUUCAUCGACUCUCUCUCAACCUGGGUGGUACAGUAGGUGAUAGGGUUGCAGGAUGUGUCCAGCUAUCCCAAACAAGAACACUGGCAAUAUUUGGAACCUCUUCAUACUUACCUCCUUUUCAACUGUUCAAGUAUCUCCGUGUUCUCGGAAUUGAAAUUACAGAACAGUCCUAUCCACCAUUGUUACAAAACUUUACUGAGAUACAUCAUCUAUUUCAGUUGAGAUAUUUAAAGAUUGUAGCAAAAGGUCAUGAGGUGGUGUUACCUAGUACAAUUGGGAGUAUGCAGCAAUUGGAAACAUUUGAAAUCAAUGCUACUAUAAAAUUGUCUAAGGGACAAUCAUUUCGUGAACUACCAUCGGAUAUAGUUCAUUUGAGCCGGGGGUGGGAUAGGUAUGGCGCUGCACCUACUGGAACCAAGCACCUGUCAAGCCUCAGGGAAAUCUACGUAUGUAUUGGGGGCGCGGAUGCCAGCGAAUCCAACAGAAGAGCUGCAGAGUCCGCGUUGAGGAACGCCAUAGACAUGCACCGAGGUGGACGUGUAGCCAACAUCAAGUAUGAUGCCGAUUUACAGUGGCUAUUUGAGGACUCGAGAAUUGAAGAUGAUGAGCGGGAGGAGGAUGAUGAUGUGAACAACGGGCACUUGAAAGACGAAUGCAAACUGCCUCUAGCUAUGAUGCUUUCACGUUUUCAUGAACACUGUCCUAAAGGUCGCUACACGCGGUAUGCAUUUACAUGUCAGGCUCCUGCAUGGGAUAUUAUUAGAUGUGCUCUUCCAGAGAACAUUAAUGGCAGCAGAGUAUUAAUAACUACACGAAUUGAGACUGUGGCCAGAGCUUGCUGUGCUAAGAACAUUGAAUGUGUUUACAAGAUGAAGGCCCUUAGUGACCAAGACUCACGAAGCUUAUUCUUCAAAAGAAUUUUUGGUGCAGAGGAAGCUUGCCCUCCAUAUUUGAUGGAAGUGUCUGCUCAAAUUUUGAAAAAAUGUGGCGGUUUACCUCUUGCAGUUAUCACAAUAUCUAGCCUUUUAGCCAAUCAAGAAAGUAAACUGAAGGACUGGUGGGAGUACGUACAAAAAUCUCUAGGGUCCAACUUUGAAGUGAGCCAAAGCUUGGAUGGCAUGAGACAAAUAUUAAACCUCAGCUACAUAAACCUUCCUCAUUAUUUGAAGACUUGUAUGCUAUAUCUAGGCAUUUAUCCAGAGGACUACACAAUCAACAAGAAUGAUUUGGUUAGACAAUGGAUAAGUGAAGGUUUUAUAUGUGAAGGUCGUGGGACAGAUCCAGAGGAUAUUGAAAAGAGCUAUUUUAAUGAGCUUAUCAAUAGGAGUUUGAUUCAGCCCGUAGAUACAGACUACAAUGGUGAGGUGAUGUCUUGCAGGGUUCAUGACAUGAUGCUUGAUCUUAUCCUAUAUAAAUCCAGAGAAGACAAUUUUAUCACUGUAAUGGAUGAUAUACAAGAUUUGACAAGACAGCCUGCAAAGAUCCGUCGACUCUCACUCAGUUUGGAUGGUGCAAUAGAUGAAACAGUAGGAAGAUCCUUCCAGCUAUCCCAAACACGAAUGCUAGCAAGAUUUGGUACCUCUUUAUAUCUACCUCCUAUUUUACAGUUCAAGCAUCUCCGAGUUUUGACGAUUGAAAUUUCAAGUGGGCCCUAUUCAUCUGAGUUACUUGACUUGAAUGGAAUAUGUCAUUUGUUUCAACUGGGAUUCUUAAAGAUCAUAGCAAGUGGUCGUCAUGUGGUGUUACCUAGUAAAAUUGGACGUCUGCAGCAACUGAAAACAUUUGAAAUAAAAGGACGAUCAGAUCUGCAGCUACCAUCAGAUAUUGUUCAUUUGAGCCGUUUAUGGCAUCUAAUUGUUCCAGGCAAAGGUCUGAGAGAACUGACAAAUCUGACAAAUGUUGAAAUCGGAUAUUCUGACUACACAUCCACCAAUAGAGACGAGUUUGCUGCAAAAUGUAGGGAACUUGUGCAUGCCCUUGGAAACAUUUGCAGCCUCAAAUGUCUACUUAUUCAUAGUGAUUACCUACCUGUCACUCUCAGAGCCUGCUUAGAUUCAUGGUGUUCAGUCCCAACUUCAUUCAUUCAUCUCCAGAGCUUUCAUGCAAUGUACGAUCGCUGGUUCUCGAGGAUUCCUGGCUGGAUUGGCCAGCACCAUAGCCUCUAUGACCUGGAGCUUAGUGUUCAAGAUGUGUAUGGGGAUGACGUUGGGAUUCUCUCACAGUUGCCCUCCCUUGUCCGCCUCGACUUGCACAUCCAUGGAGUUCCUAAAGACAAGAUCAUCAUCCGUGGAAGAGGAUUCCCUGCUCUCAAGCAUUUUACAGUUGGAUGUUUCAGGAUAUCGUACCUGGCCUUUGAGGCAGGGGCGAUGCCGAAGCUUGAAAGGCUCGGGCUAUGUUUCAAUGCAUGUGGAUGGGACAGGUAUGGUGGUGUGCUCUGCGAGCAUCGAGUACCUAUCGGGCCUCAAGGAAAUCGUCGGAGACAUUGGGAGCACAUUUGCAAAAGAAUCCAAUAG